UGAGCUUGUUUUCGAUCGCCUCACCACGGCCCAAUCUCUACACGGUGAGAGAACAAUGAGGGGGAGAAGCUACAGUUACAGCCCUUCACCGCCGAGAGGUUACAGCAGACGACGUCGUAGCCCUAGCCCUAGAGGCCGCUAUGGAGGAGGCCGUGCUAGGGAUCUUCCCACCAGUCUUUUGGUCCGCAAUCUUCGCCAUGACUGCCGGCCUGAGGAUUUACGUGGGCCGUUCGGGCAAUUUGGUCCCCUCAAGGACAUCUACUUGCCUAGGGAUUAUUAUACUGGGGAUCCACGUGGCUUUGGAUUUGUUCAGUUUAUAGACCCUGCUGAUGCUGCAGAUGCCAAGUACCAUAUGGAUGGGCAGAUUCUUCUUGGGCGGGAAUUGACAGUUGUAUUUGCUGAGGAGAAUAGGAAGAAACCCUCGGAAAUGAGGUCAAGAGACCGGGGUCGGUCAUAUGACAGCAGGCGGAGCAUUUAUUCUCGUUCACCACGCUAUGCUCGAACCUACUCUCGAAGUCCAGGUUAUUAUUCACCCUCCCCUAGGAGAAGGCGGUACUCAAGGUCGAUUUCACCAAGAGGUAGGAGGUACCGGGAGCGAUCGUACUCAAGGUCUCCCUAUGGUUCAAGGAGCCGUAGCCGAAGUCGGAGCUAUAGCAGGAGCCGCAGUCAAAGCCUGGACUACUCUCGCUAGUGUACUUGAUAGAGUGACUUCCUGAUCAAGAGCUAGAAAUCUUUAGUUAGAAUUCGUGAUAUGAAUAAAUAUUGGUAAACUGGUAGAUGUAUGUCAAUACCAGCUGCUGUCCUGGUAUUCUAGUCCUGUUUGUUCAAACUUGUUUUAUGAUGAUCAACUUAUUCUGUUUGAA